GUGAAGGAUAAUUUUAUCGCUCGCGGAAAUGGCCGAGUGGAAUGCUGUUUACAAUGGAAAGGCUAAAUGCUAGUAGCUGAAAAUGCUAGUCGCUGAAAAUUGUGAUUGAAUGUUUCUGAUACAUAUACCCAGAAGAAGCAGUGCAUGAUGAAAGGGAAGGGGAAAACUGCCAAUGACAAAGACUGUCCUCUGCAGUUCCCUGAUCUUGAACCAGUGGAUCAUGUCACGCAAUGUUCCAAGUACACCCAUAUUCUAACACGAUCUGAAGAAGAUGGUAUUGGAGUUGAGGAGCUGGAUGCCAUUCAGUCCGACCUGGAAACUCUGUUAGCAGCUGCAGGUCUCAGACUAAAACAGUUGGAAAAUGAGAAACAAAUCCUUGUUAACUGGGCAGACAAGAAAGACAUCAAAGGUUUCAAAUCUAGCAAGCCUGAAACUCCUGUUUCUGGCAAAAGAGGCAAAGUAAUUGAAGACAAACCGAAUAAGAAAUUUAAAGGCUCAGAGAGCGGCAAAGGAUCACAUCCGACUCCUCCCGGUCCAGGGAGACCAAAAAGUAAAAUUGCUCAGACAAAAGCCCAGGAAUUGGACUUCUCAGCAGAUUCACCAUUAGAUUUACCUCGGCUUCCGAAGAAUGAUGCUGUCAAUCGAUUCUGGGCCUCAGUGGAGCCCUACUGUGCAGAUGUCACAAAUGAUGAUAUCAAAGUCCUGGAGGAUAUUCUCACUAGUCAUGAUGAAGAGGCUGACUACUUCAGAGUUCCUCCCCUUGGAAAACAUUACGCAGAGAAAUGGGCGGAGGAGGACCUGUUGGAGGAACAGAGAGAUGGAUCUAAAAUGAUGGACAAAAGAAGAGGGCAAUACAACAAUAACAACAAUAGUUUGAGUAAUUCCAAUGAUGCAACAACUUUACUUAAGAAAGCAGAACAAAGUAAUGUGGAGGAAUCCCCCUUCGGGCCUCUGACUCAGAGACUGGUGUCAGCUCUAAUUGAAGAAAACAUCAUGACCCCUAUGGAUGACACCAUGAAUGAAAUCACAGGAGGAAAAGAAUCUCCAGAGGAAGCACCUGCCAUCUCACCACGAGUUUUAGCCAAACAGCUAAAUAUUGGUAACCCCGCUCACCUGGAGAAAAGAAUUAGAAAGGAGCUAGAAGAGCAAGGUAUACUGGACUUGGAGGAUAAAGUAGAAGAUAACCCUGAUGAUGAAAUCUUAACAGAACUCCGACAGAAGCAGCAGGAACUGAAGGCAAUCAGUCACUAUGUAGUGUCCGUCACCAAAACAAUGCUGGAGAAAGCGAGAGAGGAAGUCAAAAAACAGGAAAUGAAAAAGAAGCUGGCCACGGCAGAUGCUGAAGUUUUGGAAGCCUACAGAAAAGUUCAGGCAACCAGACAGAAAAAGAAGACCCCAACAAAGAAAGAAAGAGAUUCUGCAUGGAAAGCGAUCAAAGAAAGGGAGGCAAUCAAGCGUCAGAUUGAGGGAAAGUUCAAGUGACUGUAAAAUUACAGUGAAUGUGACAUUCUAAAAAAUCUUGAUAACAUGAAAGAUGUUCAGGGAAAAGAGAAACAAAUAAGUAUUCUAGAAUACUUGAUUCAGAGAGCAUGCAAGCUCGAAUGCUGUACAGUGUAUGCAGUUGUUUAAGGCAAUUACUUGUUACGUCAAAAGAGAACACCUAUUUAAAGAGACACUUGGGUACAUUUUGUGAUAAAUAUUGGUAAAAGUAAUUUUUCUAUAGCUUUCUUUAAUUUUGAUGCAUUGUUGAUAGUAUAAACUUUGUGAAAAUUGUAAGUUUUAAAAGUAAAAAUUGCAGUUUUAUAUUUAAAAUUUUUUAAAAAUUCUAUGGUCCUUAAGAAAAGCAAAGAUAAUUCCAUCUCAAUCAUUUGGGCAAUGUAAAUGUUCCCCAGUUUGGAAAACUAUGCUUUUCAUUUUCAGUUUAUGAAAGAUAACUUCAGGUAAAUCAUUACUUGUAAAUAUGAAUCCCUAUUGAAGUCUGUUUUGAUAGAUCGUUACUUCCAUUGGCUAUUGUUUAUUUCACACCAUGUGUUCCUUGCUUCAAUGUACUACCAAUUGGAUGUAAAUAGAAAAUGUGUGAUGUAAAUGUAAACUAAGUUAACAUUCUAACAAGUGUUUGCUGCAGUAUUAAUGUUCCCAAUCUUGUGUGAUCACAGUUGAUAUACAAUAAGGCACAUGUAUCACAAACUAUUUAGAUGAUUUUGCUCUGUAGUGCCAGUUUAAGUGGUGCAAAAAUGAACAAAAUUCAAAUACGUGAUAUCAAAUUGCCUUGUGCCGAUACAUGUUGGAGCUAACAGGGAGAAUGUAUGGAUGUAUGCAGUAAUUAUAGGAGCCACUGUAAACUUAUAGUUUUGUAUUUGAUUUGAAAUUAAAUGUUGCAUGUGAUUUAUGAUUUAAUCAUACAUGUAUUAUUGCCAACGUGGUCACUUUUGUGUUGCAUUAAUUCUAUGUCCUACAGUUGUCCAAUACAUAUACUGCACAAAUGUUGUAUAAAAUAAAUUUAGUACCAUAUUUAUA